AUCCCUAAGAGCAUCACAACUCACCCAACUUCCUAUUCUAAGUAUCUUUAUACAUAAACUCUCUUCCUUCUUUAAUACUUGCCAUAAUUUAUAUAUAAUGGCUUGCUCAAUGGCUACUAAGUUAGCUUGUGUGUUGGUGAUGUGCAUGGUGGUGGGUGCACCUCUGGCCGAAGCUGCAAUUACAUGUGGGCAGGUGGCAAGUUCAGUAUCAGCAUGUAUUCCCUAUCUGAGGAAAGGCGUAGCUGCGCCUCCUCCAGCCUGCUGCAGCGGCGUUAGGAGCCUUAAUGCGGCGGCUAAGACCACUGCUGACCGCCAACAGGCUUGCAAAUGUUUGAAAAGUGCUUCAAACUCCAUUCCUGGUAUUGACUUAAAUCUUGCAGCUGGUCUUCCUGGCAAAUGUGGUGUUAGCAUUCCCUACAAAAUUAGCCCUAGCGUUGAUUGCUCCAAGGUACAGUAAGAAGCGGAGAAAAAGAUCCCCUGAUGAGUUAGAAUAAAUGAGUACCGAUAAAAUAAAAAAAAUAAAAAAAAAAAAGAAAAAGAAAAAAUGAGUUUUAGAGAGCUCAUUUGGGUUCCCCUCAUGGGACUUGUUACCUUAUUACAAAUAGAUCAUCUAUGUAUGUGAUCUUUUUAUCUAUAUAUGAUAAUAUGUGCCUUUUCUAUUUGAAAUAAAUAUGCAGUUCAUGUUUUUCUUUUC